UUUGGAGAUUUUAAACCCCAAACCUUAUCUCUUCUCAUCCCGUAGCAUCCCUUCUCAUCCACUAUUUCUCCUUCCUCUUCCCCCACAUAUUUAAUCUCUUCUCCACCAUUUUAUCUCCUUCUGCCAAGCUCAUACAUCAACUAAGUUUAAAAUGGCAUCUGAUCGUAGUUGGAUGAAUCACCGGUUUGAUUCGAGUAAAAGAAUAACAAAUGAGUACAAGAUUGGAAUUGAUAAUUUCAUUAAAUUUGCUAUUGCGCGAACUGAUGAUUCAAAGGGGAGAAUAAGAUGCCCAUGUAUAGAAUGUGGGAAUUAUUAUCAUAAAUAUCCCGAUGAUGUGACAUUGGAUUUGUAUCGUCAUGGUAUUAUGCCGGGAUAUACAAUAUGGUAUUUUCACGGGGAGGGUGAUAGAUCACGGGUGAACAUCGGGACGAGUUCAAGAAAUGUUGGUUGCACAGAUGAUUUUUAUGAUGCACGAGAAAUGCUUGACGAUUUUGUGAAUGCAACCGGACAUUUCGAGAAUGAUGAAGAACCGAAUGCAGCAGCAAAAAAUUUUUAUAAGAUGCUUGAUAGUGCUUCUCAACCCAUUUAUCCAGAUAAUACGAGGUUUACAACAUUAUCAUUUGUGAAUAAACUACUCCAGUUUAAACACAAACAUGGUUGUAGUAAUAAAGGUUUUGAUGAGUUACUUCAACUUAUUGGAUCAGUGUUGCCGAAUGAUCACAAUUUGCCCACGAGAUACUAUGAUGUGAAGAAAUUGGUAAGUGGUUUGAACAUGGGAUAUCAAAAAAUUGAUGCUUGUGUGAAUGAUUGCAUGUUGUUCUACAAAGAGGAUAGUGAGAAAAUAUAUUGUGACAUAUGUAAUGAAAGUCGGUACAAAGCUCAAAAAGAUCAUAAGAAAAAGAUGAUCCCUCAAAAGAUCUUAAGAUACUUUCCUCUUACAUUGAGACUACAACGGUUAUUCAUGUCUGAGAAGACUGCAAAGUGUAUGACGUGGCAUCAUGAUAGAGUUGUAGUUGAAGAUCAAUUAAGUCACCCGGCUGAUGGAGAUGAAUGGAAACAAUUUGAUCGUAGAUUUCCUAGAUUUGCAAAGGAAAUACGGAAUGUUAGGAUAGGCCUUGCUAGUGAUGGUUUUGACCCCUUUCGUGAUGCACACGCAAGGGAAUAUACUGUGUGGCCUGUGAUUGUUGUUGUUUAUAAUCUUCCACCAUCCAUGUGCACGAAAGCUCCAUACAUGUUUAUGCCUCUUCUCAUUCCUGGACCGAGUGAUCCAACAAAAGACUUUCAUGUUUAUCUUCGACCACUAAUAGAUGAAUUGAAAAUUUUAUGGCAUACAGGGGUUGAAACAUAUGAUAGGGCAUCACGUUCAAAUUUCAUGAUGAGAGUAGCCUUGAUGUGGACAAUCAACGACUUUCCAGCACUUGGUAUGAUUAGUGGAUGGUCGACCAAGGGCAAGUUGGCAUGUCCAGUAUGCAUGGGAGAAGUAAAAGCAAAGCAACUCAAGUAUGGUGGUAAGCCUACAUUCUAUGGCACAGCUCGAUAUUUUUUAGAAGAAGAUGAUCCACUAAGAAGGAGCACAAAGUUUGGAAGAUGUGAUAAACAUUCAUCCACAACUCGAUAUUCGGGAUUAAUAGCAAAGACAAAUUGUGAACAAAUUCAAUUUCCUCCUCCAGGAAAAACAACUAGGCAAAAGCCAAGAGAUUAUGGUGUGACGCAUAAUUGGACUCACAGUUCUCCAUUUUAUGAGCUUCCAUAUUGGGAGACUUUGAGGUUGCGUCACAACAUAGAUGUCAUGCAUACUGAGAAAAAUGUCUUUGACAAUAUAUUUUACACAAUGCUUGACGACAAAAAGAAGUCCAAAGACACCUUAAAAUCGAGAUAUGAUUGUAAAGAACUAGGUGUACAUCGUGACUUGUGGAUUCGAGAUGAUGGCACAAAGCCAGCUGCGCCAUAUGUGCUUACGAGAGAUCAAGUUAAUAAGCUAUUCCAAUGGAUAAAAGGUUUGAAUCUUCCGGAUGGAUAUGUCUCAAAUAUAUCUCGAUGUGUGAAUAUGGAAAAAAGAUGUAUUCGUGGGAUGAAAUCUCAUGACUGCCACGUUUUCAUGCAAAAGUUGUUGCCUAUAGUUUGUCGGGACUUGCUACCAAAGAAUGUAGCGGAUGUUCUUAUUGAGUUGUCAAACUUCUUUCAAGACCUAUGCUCUAUAAAUUUAAAAUACACGGAUCUCGAGAAGAUGGAAAAAGAUAUAGCGAAAAUAAUGUCUAAACUUGAAACAAUCUUUAUUCCAGGGUUUUUUGAUUCGAUGGAGCAUCUCCCGCUACAUUUGGCUACUGAAUGUAAAUUAGGCGGUCCAUCAUAUUUUAGAUGGAUGUAUUUCAUUGAAAGAUACUUGCAUGACUUGAAAUUGAAAGUAAGAAAUAAAGCACGAGCAGAAGGUUCAAUGGCAGAACGCUACAUUGAGGAGGAAAUUGUACACUUUUGUGAGUUGUAUUUUGAAGACAUAGCUGAAACAGUGCACACUCGGCUUCGUCGAAAUGAGGUACCUAGAGUUUUUCAUGAUCCGAAGUUGUUGGAGGUUUACACAUAUCCGGCACAACCUAUACUACGAACCGGGUGUAGACUUUUGAGUAGUAGUGAGCAUAGACUCGUGAAAUAUUAUGUCCUCAUCAAUUCACCGGAGGUUGCAAAAUACUUAUGUGAGUUUCAAAAAUUAGUGCGCCAACAUCACCCGCAAUUUGAUGAUGCACAAAGAGAAGAUAAACAAAAAGAACUAUUUGCAAGUUGGUUUGAAAGAAGGGUGAAUGAUGAUAUAGAGCUUAAAACCAAAUUCAAGGAUUUAAUAAAAGGACCGUCACAUGAAGUGCAAUCUUAUAAAGGUUGUAAGUGUAAUGGUUUUAAAUUUGAUUGUGGGAAUCUCACUGAACGAACAUCUUCAAAUUCCGGAGUACUUGUCAUUGGAACUUCUUACAAAGAAAGUCUUGGAAAUUACUACGGACGACUACAAGAAGUUCUUGACCUCUACUAUCACAAUGGUCGUCAUGUUAUCUUAUUCAAAUGUCAUUGGUUUGAUCACACAACACAUGUUAAAGUGGAUAGCAAUCGAAUUACCACGAUAGACAUCAAAUCAAAGUUGAAAGCUGAAGAUGUAUUCGUGUUGGCCAGUCAAGCUCAUCAAGUAUAUUAUGCACCUAAUAUUACAAAUCCAAAGUCAUCUUGGUACAAUGUUCUGCCAACAAAGAGUCGGCAAAUUAAUGAAAUUGUGUCAUCCACCGGAAAAAAUAGAUGCGAGGAUGAUGUUUUACAAAAUGAAGUCUCAAAUGCUUCAUCAUCACACGUCGAAAGAGUUACUAUUCAUGAUCCCUCCAAUUUUUUUAUUGAUUUGAGGAAUUUUGAAUAUGACAAUUCUAUGAACGAGGAUAUUGAACAAAAUACCGAUGAAGACAUGAGUGUUGAUGAACAAAGUGAUCGUGAUGAUGAGGAUGAUGAUGAUGAUGAUAUGCCAUAAUUUAUUUGUGUAAUAUUUAAAAUUAUAUUAUUUGAAUUUAUGUAGUACAAUUAUUAUAAUUUGUUGUGUCAUAAUAUGAUGUUUAUUAUAAAUAAUAUAGAUUUUUUUGUGUUGUUUAA